AACCAGCUCAUUUUGCAGGCUUCUUGCUUAUUCUAAACUUACCUCUUAAAUCUAAAAUUAAUUUGCCAAUGGCUACCCAUUAUAUUGUGCUGUUCCAGGAAACAUCCAUACCCUUCCCACCCAUGCAAAAACAUUACAAAAAUAGCUUUGGCUAUAGUGGUGCAGUCCUCUGGAACAGUUUACCCUUAGCUGCUAGGCAAGCAACAUCUCUGACUAAUUUCCGAUGAUUGUUAAUUAAUUUCGACACGGCAUUCAUGUAAAACAGGCUUUAAUUUAGUUUACUUUUCUUUAAUACAGUCAAACCUGUAUAUAAUGGUCACCCUUGGCAAAUCGCUGGGUGACCGUUUUAUACAGGGUGACCGCUAUAUACAGAUCAACUUUACAGUAGAUAGAAGGUAGAUAGAUGAAAUCGUUUGGUGACCGUAAUAUACAGGGUGACCGCCAUAUACGGGGUUGUUAUAUACAGGUUUGACUGUAGUUAGCAAUAUUUUAAAUCAUGGAAGAUUAAUCUGUAUACAUAGUCUUUCGUAAUAAGUUGUAGCUUUUAUAUUAAAUUGAUAAUGCCUGAUGUAUUUAGCAUGUUUUUAAACAAAGAUGAUGAUGAUGAUGGUGAUGAUGCAUAGCUGGAGGGUUUCUUUGGCUUGAACCCCCCACCCCCACUCCCUCGAAAUUCCAGUUUUGGUUUAUACAUUCCUUUUUAAAUUUUGGCCUCUGAGAGCCCUCUCCCCCUAGCUUGGAAUCUCCAAAACCCUCCUUGGGGUGGGUGUGAAUAUUUUUUGGACCCACAUGUUAGGAUCCUGUAGAUACAAGACAGUGAUACAGUGUGAAAAAGGAUCUUUCAAUGCGGAGUAUUACAGGACAUACUAUAGGUGUAAGGGUCAAAACGCGUUUUUAUUCUAUUAUUAUUUUUUUUUUUUUCCAGGUGUGCAAUGGCCCUAGUCCAUUCCAGAAUUAGACGGGUAUUUUACGGUUGCACUGACAGUGUUACUGGAGCAUUGGGCAGCAGAUAUAAAAUUCAUACCCAAGUGGGACUUAAUCAUCAUUUUGAAGUAUUCUGUGAUGUCUUGGAGGAAGAGUGUAGGACUAUUUUUGAGAGAUCUCCUUCACAAGGAAUAUAAAAUGUUACUGGAACAUUGCAUAAUGUCUGGCAAAUGCACUUGAAUUCCUAAGACUGCAGUCAUGAAGAACUCAUCAUCACCUCCUCAUAGCUAACAUGUAAGAAAUGAAUGACAGUUUGUGAGGAGAAUUUACUGGUAAUGUUUAGAAGGGUAAAAGCAUUUUACUCUGAUUAUGAAACUACCAGUAUUGACUGUCUGCAUUAUUCCUGUUUUCAAUAACGGCCAAUUUAUUGGCCCUUGUAACUGCAGAUGCGACGACGAAAUUUCAAUCUUAAGAGACCAAUUUUUAUCGUCAUACAAACAUAGUGCGAACGCUUAGCUUGUGUCCACAAUCAAAUUAAUUUCGAGAAUCAAUUAUUUAUUCUGUCAAUGGAGAACAAAAGGCAUUGAAGGAAUCGACAACUUGCUGACGUCACGCAUUCCGAGUCAUUACUGUGUUAGUCAAGUUUGAGCGGGCUUCAUUUAAUUUACGAUUUUCUAACAGAGGGAGGAAUAUUCACGCAAAAUCGCUUAUUGAAGGAGGCUGUGAGGUAAUUCUGGGGCCCUUUUUUGUGUUACAAUCGUCUGUAUUUCCCUAGAAAAGAAAAUGGACAAGAAUUACGCGUUAGCCAUUUCUGUGGCAAUUGCCGUUUUGGUACCACUUUGUGUUUCGCACGUAAAAGCUGCUCCUUUGAACGAGACUGUGGUUUCAGCAAAUGUAUCGUCUGUGAACACGACAUCAAGCAAUGGAAACUCUACUCUGCAGAAUUCAACAGCUGUUAACGCAACUACAUCGUGUAAUGCAACGAUUUCAAACUGUACGACGCAAAACUCAACUUUGCAAGCCAACGCAACUAUGAUCCACAUCAAUUUGACGGAUAUUUGCUCACCAAAUAGGACACAACUGCUUCCUUCGUGCAAUGGCACUACGUUGAAUCUUACCAAACACUGCGAUACGGUGAAGGCGGGUAAUCUGUCAGUCGUUUGUCGAAAUGUUAGCGUUAAUAGUUCCACAAGCCUCUCUGCGGUUUCCAACACAACGCAAUCUCCCGCUACAUCGAAUGUUACAAAUAAUUCCGGGAAUUAUUCAAUUGUGAACGUAACAUCUUCGAUUAACACGACCGCAACUGCUCCACCAGCGAAAAACCCGAACGCAACUUCGACAAAUCAAACACUUAUGUCUGCGGCUAAUGGAACAUCGACACAGAACGUUACAGAAGUAAAAUCUAACACAACGUCUCCCGGGACAUCUCCAAACUCGACUGCUUCGACCAACAAUUCCACAACAAAUGGAACCGUUGCUACCCCAACCUCAAUUCUGAACGCCACACAUGUAAAUACUACAGAAACGUCGAUCACAAGCGCAAAAGAAACAAGUACAAAAUCCAUAACAACUACACAGGAAUCAACUUCGGAAGCGACAACUACACAGCCUUCUACGGCAGGUACUACAACGAAAGAAUCGACAACUGAGAAAACUUCAGCUUCUACGACAGAAUCUUCUCCUCCGAGUACAAUAGGAAGUACGACGAAAGAAAGUACUACGGAAGAAAGUUCAACGAAAGGAAGUACAACGAAAGAAAGCACAACACAAACUACUACAAAAAGUACGACGAAAAAGGAGACAGUGAAGACCGUUGAGACCACUACAACAACACAGGAAAAAUCUUCCCAAACAUCGAGUGAAGACGAGUCUUCCACUGGUCAACACACAAUGCCAUCUCCUCAAGAUGAUGAAAAGAACGUGCAAUUUUUCUACGUAAAUGUGCUCAUUCCAGUUGGUGCUGGAGCAUGUGCUGCUCUUCUCAUCGCAUUCUUGGUUGUGCUGUGCAGAUGUUGCCGCAGGAGGAAAUUAAAGAAAGUUCGCUACUUUGGAAAGGCACCAGGCCAUCUAAACAUGGACGAGUUAAAUUUGCUCUCACCUUCCAGUGAUGAGGAANAUCCGUCAUUUUCUGCUUACUACAACCCUAAACUUGAAAUGUGA